UAUGAGCACCAGGAGGCAAAGAAGUCAGAUGAAAUGACUUUGGCUCUGUCUUCAAAAUGCUUCAAAUCACUUGUAGAAAGUACAGGAAGUAAGGACAAGACUAUGCUUUUUCACUCGGGGCUAAUUACCCAGCUGUAGCCUGAUUAAAAAAAAACACCCUACUGAAAGAGGGGAAACAGGGGCUAGUGGUCCUUAAUAAAUCUGAAAACAGGCCAAAAAAACAUUCCAACUAAACUAUAGCUAAUAAGCUCCUUCAGGGACUCUUUGUGACCCCGAGGACAUAGUCGCACAGACAUUCUCUUCGGGGAACAUUAAAGGACUCUGGCCUGUGGUGAUUUUCCUUUGAGAAUGUGACUUCGGGCCGAUUUCCUGGAUUUUGAUGAUUAAAAUGCAAAUGGCAAAGCGCAGACACCAUCGCGGGGGUAUAAGGUAUAGGCCGGCUAUUAGGCAUGUAGGAAUGACUGGUGUUGAGAGACAAACUAUUUUCUGCAAUGUGAGGGCAGCAGGGAGGAUCUGUGGCUUACAGCCAUCACGGAGCUGCUGGAGGAGAUGCAUUCUUUAUUCUGAGGAGGGGAGGAGUGACAGAGGGAGAGAGAGAGAGGGAGAGAGGGAGAGAGAGAGAGAGAGAGAGAGAGGUGAGCAGAGCGCACACGUCGCACUAUCAAGUGAAUCCAUCUAAGAAAACAACUCGCAGGGAGUCCGCGUCUGAGCUGCGUAUAGGCACUGAAGGCAAGUUAGAGCUCCCCCUCUGAAGAGCGCGCAGGACGGACGCAGCUGGCUGUCAUGGCCCGUGGCGGCUCAGACGGCGGAUACUUCGGCCAGUGCGUCCUCACCGUUCGGGAAGAGUGUGGAAGGGGAGAAGAGGGCUCUGUGAUCUCUCUGCCACCGCUUUUCUCGGUCCCCAUGCGCUGCAGACGGUUUAGUUAAAGCGGAGGAGCUCCGUUGAGAAGUGCCCGGGAGCUGGAAAAUAAAGGAGAACAUAAAAAAAAAAAGUGGUGGACAGCGGUGAAAACGGACGCGCAGACACAACCUGGGGGAUCCAUGCAGGGGAAUAUGCUGUUCCUGGGACUCACAGGGUUCAUGCUGCUGAACGGAACCGACUCGCACCAGCUUUACCGAACGGAGCUUUACGCACGGGCAUACAGCAAGACCGCAUGAAGGACAGAGGCUCAGAGGAAGGGGAAAAGUUGAACGUGGUAGCUGGGUUUGUAAUGGAUAAAGGCUCGCCAAAGGUUUCUGGAUCCAAAUGUCACCCCCCUUGGACUCUGCCCUGGUCGGGGACCAGCAGUGUGUGACGGACAGGCAAGUGGAGCCUGCGGUGGCUCUGUUCUGCGUGGCUUCAAAUUGGCCCUGGCUGAGCUCUGCAUGGAGCAAUGAGUGAAGAGUCCAGCAAUGGUCUGACGUCUCAGCAUGGAUGGAGUUAGUCAGAGGACCGGCCACCACUAAUGAGACCAUCGCGCUUCAACUGAGGACUAGCAUUUACAGGAUUACUCCCACGUUUUCCUGCUCGUUUUUCAGCUAACUGCAUCGUUACAAGACUCUCCUAGUGGGACUUUUAAUGCGUCUGGUUUUUGGUGGAUAUAAACGUCAUUGCCUUUCUGAUUUUCAUUUUUUUAUCUUCCAUCCAAGUUCUUUUUUAUUGUUGGUUUCCCUUUUCCUGUUUGUUUCCACUAUGGAGUUUCUGGCUGGACCGGGGGAUAAAGAUUGGGCUUCAUUCUUGCAAUUUUGGUUGACUGUCAUCCUAAGCCUCCAAAUGCAGUUCAGGCCAAGUGCCUCUUGCCCGGACGAGUGUCGUUGUGACAACCCAUUUGUGUACUGCAAUGAACGCAGCCUGACAUCAGUGCCUCUGGGGAUACAGGAGGGCUUCAAAGUUCUCUUCCUUCACAACAACCAGAUAAACAAUGCUGGCUUCCCUCUGGAACUUCACAAUCUUGCCUCGGUAGAGACUGUGUAUCUCUAUGGCAACCAGCUGGAUGAGUUCCCAAUCAAUCUGCCCAAAAACACCAGGGUCCUUCAUCUCCAAGAGAACAAUAUCCAAACCAUCUCUAGGGCAGCCCUGGCACAGCUGACUCGGCUAGAGGAGCUGCACCUUGAUGAUAACUCCAUAUCCACAGUGGGGGUGGAAGAAGGGGCCUUUCGGGAGGCCCUGAGCCUCAAACUCCUCUUCCUCACGAAGAACCAUUUAAGCAGCGUUCCCAUUGGCCUUCCUGAGGACCUUAAAGAGCUGCGGUUGGACGAGAACCGCAUUGCUGUCAUUGCAGAGGAGGCCUUUCAGAAUGUGACACGUCUGCAGCGCCUCCUGCUGGACGGGAACCUGUUGACGGAUGAAGGCAUUGCACCAGGGACCUUCCAGGAACUGACCAACCUCCGAGAGCUGGCCCUGGGCCGCAAUUCACUCACCUUCCCCCCUCCCCUCCUACCCAGCCAGUCACUGGUCAAACUCAGCCUGCAGGAGAACCAGAUCGACCAGAUCCCUGUGGCAGCAUUUGCUUCCCUAAAUAGGCUUGAAAGACUAGAUAUCUCUAGCAACCAGCUUCAGACUCUUACACAGGGAGUGUUUGAUGGUCUGUCAAGCCUAAAGCAUCUCAUGGUGCGAAAUAACCCCUGGCGUUGUGACUGCAGUGUAAAAUGGGUGGUGGUAUGGCUCAAGGCUCUACCUUCCCAUAUCAAUGCCCGAGGCUUUGUGUGCCUGAGUCCGGACAAGGUGCGUGGCAUGGCAAUCAGAGAGCUGACGCUGGAUAUUAUAGAGUGCCCAGUCGACGAUGACCAGCCACCCUGGCCAACCCUUCGCACCACACCUCCUCCCCCACCCACAACCACCCCUUUCACCACCAUGAUUUCCUCACUCAUCACCACGUCCAUCCCUUACUAUUUUGACUCACCGUCCCCUCCUUUACCCCCAAUCCAUAACAACCCUCCCGGCCCCCUGCCUCCUUACGAGGACCCCCUUCAGAUCUCCUUCCAAGUAGUCAACUCCACCAACAUCGAGGUGAGCUGGGCUUCCUAUUUCACCGUCACAGCCUACAAGGUCACUUGGGUCAAAAGGGGCCAAAGCCAAAUAAACGAAGCAAUGCGGGAGAGGACUGUUAGCGGGGACCGGCGGCAUGUUAGCCUCACCAACCUGGAGCCUCGGUCUGUGUAUCGUAUCUGUGUGCAUGUUCUGGACACCCUUAACUCCUACAGGCCAGGAGAGGAUACUAUAUGCUCUGAGGCCAGGACCAAGUCUGCUGUGUCUACUAAGCCUCCCGGCAGAGAGCAAGCUCCUCAGGAGAGCAUCAACUCUACUCUGCUUAUGGCUGGAAUCAUUGGUGGGGCAGUGCUUAUCAUUCUGGUGACGCUGCUUGGCCUGUUUUGCUGGCACAUGCACAGGAAGAGCAGGUCGUCUUCGACCAAUUGGAAAUACAACCGGGGUAGGAGAAAAGACGACUACUGCGAGGCUGGAACCAAGAAGGAUAACUCCAUUCUUGAGAUGACUGAGACCAGUUUCCAGAUAGUGGCGCUGAACAAUGAGCAGCUGCUCAAGGGAGAUUUCCGCAUUCAGCCCAUCUACACGCCCAACGGGGGCAUUGGAUUUAGAGACUGUCACCUCAGUAACAACAGCAUAGCCUACUGCAAGAGCAGCAACGUGCCCAGUACAGAGUUCUGCCACACGUGAUGCAGUAUCAAAUAGUACAUUGGCAUUCUAAUAAACACAAACAAAAACACUUUACAUGCAUAAAUACACAAACAUACACCGUUUGUUUAGACGACAAAAUACAUAAAAGUUCUAGUGAAAUAUAACUGUACUAUAUAUAUUUCCAAGUUCUGUCUACAAUGUAAUUUAUACUGUGGAUAAUAAUGUGGGAUUCUCUGCUAUCUUUUUUAUUCUUAGAAAAAGAGAUACAAGUGUUUCUUUUUUAUAACCAGCAGGGUUUUGAAAGUUGUUUUAAUGGUCAGUACUGUACACGAACAUGGAUUUGUACAAUCACGGCACCCUGGGUGUAGCUUCUGACAAACGCUGUCAGCCUUGGAAAUGUUGGGUCGCUUAGAGGGCUGGGAUCCUUUGCUAACCACAGAAGCAAAAUAUGGCCUUUUUGCGCUUUGAAACACUGCAAACCCUCCCCAGUACAACAGAACAGUAGUAAAGACAACAUAGCACAGGGGAAAUCCAAACACUGCUGAUUAGAGCGCAGUAGAAAUAUAGCACUGGUUCACUGGUGGCAUGUUGUAAAAAAGGGGAAAAAAAGUAAAGUGCACUUUCUUAUUAAUGGAAGCAAGGCAGGAAACGAGCAGAGGUGGUGAUCACAUGUAAGGGAUAGUGUGUGGCUGUGUGGGGAGAAUGUCAUCGGUGCUGUUGAAAAGCCUGGAAUGAGAUUUCCCAAAGGUGCCUUAACACUAAAAGCAUCUUUGUUCUAUUGCUUUACAGAAGAACAAAGGUGGGCUUAGUUGAGGGACACGUUUUGGAAAACUCUGAAAAAGAAUGUGUCAUUUUCUGCACAUUUGUUGUUGUUUUUUUUUUAAAAGUCAGGAGUUGCUAUCAUUAACAUGAGUUGAAAAAGCAACAAAGGAUUAUUUUCCCUAAUGAGGUGCAUGGGUCUGCUGGGACUCUCAGAUCCUUUUGAAGAAAUUCCCUAAUUUUCAUGUUCCCCCCCCCCCCUCUGUUUUCCCUGUUUUGGCAAGUGAAGCCACAAGGGGGCAGUUUGUUUCCCUCAGUGCUGUGUGUGGGACAGAGGAACACAGGGCAAGACAGAGAAAAAGAGAGAAGGAAAGAAAGAAAGAAAAAGAAAGAAAGCGGCAUAGAUCACUUUACCUCCUCUAUUCCCCCUGGAGCCCAUUACCCAGACGACAUUACUCAUGCCCAAACAGCAUUGUUCAGAGUAUUAUCGCUCAACGAGCAACUUAAUGAUGUGGAAUCAUUUAAAACUAACAGUGUUUUCUGCGUUUGGUGGCUAAAUGAUAUGGAUUUUCACCACUGUGGUCUAUCAUGAGGCUAAAGGAGUCUGUUUCUCCCUGUGUGUGCAUGUGUGUGUGUGUGUGUGUGUUUGUAUAGAGCGUGAUGAAUUUCCAGCAAGCUCACACAUACCGCUAAUUAUACACCCACUUAUUUCAACCUUGUCCCGGCGUUCAUUAGGCCAUUUGAUAAAUUAGGAAAUUACAACAAUAAGAUCGCAGCCCGCCCAUGAUCCUAACAAUGCUGCGCAGUUUUGACUGAGCAGCUCAUCUACCGUCUCAUCGUUUAUCCUUUUGUGUUUAUUAUUUGAGACUGUCCAAUUCAUUUAGAGUCACCUGAACAAUACAGCUUCUCACUCUAUUAUAUGAGUUUCUGCCAUGAUGAUUCUCACCCCAUCUUACCCUCAUUUUCUGUCUCCCUGUCUCCCAUUUUUGGUCUCUGAUCCUCGCAGGGACUCCAUUAAAACACUUUCCCUGCCCUUCAGCUCCCAGGCUGUGGUGGCAUCUCCUUACAUGUGAGGUGCCAGAGAGAGGACUUCAUUAUGAACUUCUCCUUAGGAAGACUUUAUUUGAUUUGACAAGACAGUUUUUUUUUGAAGGGCCAAGCUUAAAGAAUUCCCACCGCCAACGCUUCUGCCCCCCCCCCCCCCCUCUGCCUAUAAUCCUCGACCAAAAAAGGGAGAAAAAUAUGUAGACUUUAUUUUCACUUGGCUGCAUGGAGCUCACGCUGGGAAAGAUUGGUGUUAACUCUUUGUGAGGCAUACAGAUACGACUCCACUGCAAAAACUCAAAUCUAUGCAAGUUUAUGCGUCUAAUUUCUAGGGGAAAAAAAAUCUCAUUGCACUUUUUAUUAAGCCGCAAUCACCUGAAAAGUCUGGCAAAGAAUCCAUUCCAAGACAUAAAAAAGCAAAAAUAAAGCCUGCACUGCUUGAAAUAAGUCAAAUCUGCCAAUGAGUCAAGCUUAAUUUAAUUAAGUGUAUACAAUUAGAGGUCUGUAUCUGAAGUAGUAAAUUCAAGACCCACAAGGGAAAUUUGCAUGCCCCAUUAGCAGAUAUAUUUUAUUUAUUUUGAGCCAUUAAAGCCUUACUUUUGCUUUAAAUAUCUCAAAAUAAGUUUAUUAUCUGGACCUGUCAGGUGAACGUUGCUUUAAAUAAGCAUAAUGAGAUUUGCUCAGGUUUACGUUUUUGCAGUGAAACACAAACAGCAGAGAACCCUCUAUUUCUGGGCCAAAUCUCUAAUGUAAAAAAAAGACGAUUUUUAAGGGCUUUUACUCAAAUUAUUCCAGAGUACUGAGAUUAUCUGUAAGAGGAUUGACCUUCACAGAAUAUCUCAAAGUAGCUGCACUUACUGUUAUUCCUGCUUUUGCUUAGAUCACAAUCCCAUAUGGAGCCGACUUUUAUUUGAGGUGAUGCACAGAUACAGCCCACCCUUAUUCUAUUUCACAAAGGCAACUUUGAGCUGACAAAGUGAAUGAAUGAAGUCAUUAUGUGUCAUAUUAUGUCUCCACAUUUUUAAUUAUUGGGACAGCUGACAAUGUUUUAGCAGUGGAAGGCUAGAUUUCGGUUGGAAUUGUCAAAAGACAAAAUCGUUAUUUUUGUGAAAACAUUUUACAACAUUUCGGAAAAUUUACUUUUUUGCAGAGAGCUUAUUGAGAAGCCUAAUUCCACUGCCAUGUUAGUACGGUAAAUAUGAAGCCAGUGCUUGAAACCAUGUUAGUUUAGCUUAGCAUUAAGACAAAGAUUUAAGAAGAGUGUAAACAUUUUGUCUGGCCCCGUCUUAAGGUAAGAAAACCUGGCACUAUUAGCACAGUGUGCGCUUUGAACACAUGUAAAGCCAACAAAGUGUUAACUAGUUGGUCUAAGAGGUGUGUGAUGGAGUAUUUAGUUACCUUUGGACCGAGGCAGGCCAGCUGUUUCUGGCUUUAUGGUACACAUGAAGCCAACACUGUUAAUUUAGCUUAGCAUCAAGUUUUAAGACCAGAGCAAACUGCCUGUGUCUGUAAGGUGAAAAACAAAAUCUGCAAAACAACCAAAAGGUGUGCUUUGUACACAUUUGAAACAAACAAGAUGUUAAUUAGUAGGUUUCAGGGGGGCUGGUGGGUGGAUUUAGUAAACAGUAGAUGGAGGCAGUUCAGCUAAUUCUGUCUAUAUGUUAAACAGGUAGUCACCGCCAGGAGCAAUGUUAGUUUAGGUUUAGGGGAUUUAGGUCUGAGCACGUAGUUUUAAGACUCAAGAAACAGCUAAUCUGACUCAGUUAAAAUGUAAGAAAAUGGUCUAUAUGACCACAUUGUGUCCUCUUCACACAGGGUGAGAAAGGUUAAAAAAAAAAUCCCAGUGUGUCAGCUUUACAUGUGUUAAACAAAGAGAUGUUGUUGAGAUUUAGAGGUGCUGGUGAAUGGAUUUUGUUUUGUUUGGAAAGCUAGCUUUUUCCCCGAUGUGUCCUAUUUUAUGCUACGCUAAGCUAACAGGCUGUAGCUUCUCAUUUACCAUAUAAAGGGUAUGCAUUGAUGUCACUUUUCCUCCUGACCAGGCCCCCUCAGUGGGACAGAGAGUGGCAAAACAUUUGUGACGUCAUGUACAUACCCUCUUAUAGGCUGAAACUUUUAGCUUUCUCAUUGAACUCUCAGCAAAAGUAAAUUAAUCGAUUUGUGAAAAGGCAAAACAUUUAAAAUCUGUAGUGCUCUAAAUCCCCUACCAGAUUUAAUAAUAACUCGACUUGUUUGGUUGAAUAUUUUUCAUGUUGGGUUUAUUUAAAAAAAAAAAAAAAAAAAAAAAAAAGAUCUUCUGUGGUUAUCAAAGGUUAUCUCCAUUUUAUUUCCAUUUGAACUUUUUCCUACUUUAAUCCACAGCAACCACAACACUUGAUCAUUUACAUCAGCUGAUUUUCUUUUAUUUUUACUUCUUUGUCUGAGAUGAAAGCCCUCUUUCAGGUCAUGUACUGAUCAAACGAGAGGACAAAUUGCAACACAUGCUAUCUCCCUCACCUGUGAAUGUGUAACAGAGACAGAUAUUUGCCUUACUAUUUGUGCAGGACUGAAUGAUUAGCUAGAGAGAGAUAAAGGAGAAGAGAAGAUGAGACACGAGAAGACAACAACAAGAAGGCUGAACAGAGAGCACAUUUCCCUGAUUGAUUGCAGCCGCUGAGACAGCGCUAACAGUAUUAACCGGACGAACAACGCUAAGCGUGAAACAUAGUAGCUAACGUGAAACUUCUCAUCCUUAGUGCCAGACCCUAGGCAGUGCACGGCUAAUGAUUCAACCAAACGGGGGUAGAGCUUUGGUGGUUUGUUUUGCAGCGUACAUUACUCUUAAUUUUCUACUUGCUUGAUGAAAGAAUGUGGCUGCUGUGCUGUGACCAACGGAAUUAAAUGAAACAUAUUACAGACUGCUAGCGUCGGUGCAUCACUGGUUCAGGGUGCCGAGAAGUAAUUUCCCUUAAAGGUCAUUGAUUCACGUCGAAGUAAUCGUCUAAUCUCUGAGAGGUCAAUUCUGACACGACAUACAAGGUAGAAACAGAAAAAUAUUUGAAGUAAUUUUUUCUUGCUGUUGGGCAACAAAAAAAAAACAUCACUGCUAAAAUUUGCCAGGAACAUUCAUUUGAAGAUUUUUUUUGCAUGUACUGUGUUUAGCUUCAUGGCUUUUUCAUCUUUGUUUGGACUUUCAAGUAUGUUUUCCGCCAAUCAUCCGAUCUCCUAUAGAGCGACUACAGGAGCAUCAUUACAGAAGGGAUCUGUCAUGAUUUAAACACCGAAGGCAGGAAAGUUACAGUGCAUGUAAAACAGCUUUGUCAGCAGGAUCAUUCUUCUCAUCGAGACGCUGCAGUGUUUCGUUAGCCACCCACACCGAGUUAUCUUAGGAACCAAAGUUAAAUUUCUGUUCUCAUGAUGAAAUAUUGAUGUUGUUCCAUGUAUGUGCCUUGAGGUUGAACUUACAAUGUAAAGUCCUUGAAACCUUUAAAUGUUUUUGCACAAACUGUAAAUACUUAAGUGAAGCUUUUUGAAAAUAAAAGAGCCAUUGGAUUUGA